GUGUGUGAGUUAGCGCUGCGUGGGUAAGGUGGGCCGGAGGAGACAUUUCUCGUUCAGGGAAACGUGCGCAUUGCCGGCUAAUAGGAUGGAGGAGGCGGCAAUGUGCUGAGAGGAGCGGCCUCUUCCCGGGCUGGUGAUGCUCGUGGCGCUCUGUGGUCGGAGGACGCUGGGCAGAGUUCAUGGCUGGAUGACCACGGCUUCCCAUUUCCAGGGUGUCCGAGUGCGCAGGACCGCGUCACAAAGCAUGGAGCAGCGCCUGGUGUGGGUGGACCUGGAGAUGACUGGAUUGGAUAUUAAAAAUGACCAAAUAAUUGAGAUGGCUUGUAUAAUAACAGAUUCUGAGCUCAAUAUCCUUGCUGAGGGUCCUAACUUGAUCAUUAAGCAACCUGAUGAGUUGCUGGACGGCAUGUCUGAAUGGUGCAUAGAACAUCAUGGAAAGUCUGGCCUUACUCAGGCAGUACGGGACAGUAAGAUAUCUUUACCACAAGCAGAGUACGAGUUUCUCUCCUUUAUCAGACAGCACACACCUCCUGGUGUCUGCCCUCUAGCUGGGAACUCGGUGCACGUGGAUAAAGUAUUUCUGAACAAAUAUAUGCCUCAGUUUAUGAGACAUUUGCAUUACAGGAUCGUUGAUGUGAGCACUGUAAAGGAACUAUGCAGGCGCUGGUAUCCCGUGGAUUAUGAACGUGCAUUCAAGAAAGCAUCUUCACAUAGGGCUCUGGAUGAUAUCAUAGAGAGCAUCAAGGAACUUCAGUUUUACAGAGCAAACAUUUUCAAGAAGAAUGAAACAAACCACAUAGACAACGGAAGAAAUCUUCAGAGCUAAUUUUGCAGUUGUAUCUCGGCAGUGAAUAUUGUCCCUGUGCUUCUUCAUCAGAAAUGCUAUUGUAUGAGCAGCUGGAAGGGUUGAUAAUGUUACGAUGAUAUAGCAGUAAUGGGAAAAAUUGGGAUAUGUUUUACAUGUUUAACAAAGGUGUUUCCUUUUUUUUAUUUUUUAUUUGUUGCUUUCAAUAAAAUAUCAAUUUAAACUUGUAAAAUGCAAGUUAAAUAUUUGAACAGCAA